GCUAAUUAAAAAAUUUAGCCCAAUUUGUGUGAUUUGAACUGACCAUGCUGAUGAUUCUCGGGAUUAUUUCACCCGCCGGACGAGGUUCAACCCGUGAAAAUCACCGGAAACAGCCCUCCAUUGUCAAUCUUGUACGCCCUCACUACACUGGAAAAUUUUUACUGUAUGAUUUCUGUUUCAUUCGCGUGUGAUGAGUUAAAGGUUUUGUUCUAAUUGAUUCCCUGCCCUGAUUUCCUGUUCUUUUUUACUGAUAAGGAAUUAGGAAUUUUAGGUUUUUAUUUGGGAUCUCCGUUUGUCACUGUGGACAUCUUAAUUUUGUCUUUUGAAUGACUAGCUUGUCAAAUGUUUUCUGGGUUUUGGUUUCUGAGGUUCAUGGUUUUUGUUCCUGGAGAAAUUAUAAAGGCAUUAAAUAUUCAGAAUUUUCUUAUGCUGUGUUGCACUAUGAUAUGAAUUUCUAAAUGAGGGAGACGUGGAUUUUAGUUGUUAUUAGCUGGCUAUCCUGGAUCAUAUGUGAGGCUUAAGUUGGUUGGAAUGACUAGAAAGGGGGUAUUUUGCCGAAAAGGUGGCAACUUUCUCUGUUUAGCCAAAGAAAUCUAAACCUAUUAAGAUUAAAAUUAAUUCAUUAUAAUGGCUUCAGAGGAUUGAAUGUGUAGAAAGAUCUCGUUUUCAUAUGCUAGACUCUGAGGUGUUGAAGAACCGUUUUACCCUAAGAGGUGAUAAUGAGAUUUGAAGACGUAUUGAACUAACUCGUGACAUUGUCAAACUGAAAGUAUUUUAAGAACCAUUCACAGAUGUUGGUUGUCUGAUUCUGGAGCUAUAUGGGGACAUCACAUCAUAUGGUUGUUUAUUUUCUGUGAGUAUAUGGUUAUGUUUGAUUGGAGGACAUUUCACAUUUGAGCAUCUAAAAAAGCGAGUUAAAUGAUGGUGUGCUCCAAUUGUUCCUACUAAUUGGAAUAGACUGUUUGCUUAUUUGGUAGUUCUUGCAGAUAUGAUCAUGCCUUUCUUUAAUGGUUUGUUUUUCACUUCGACUGGUUCUUUUGGAUCACCCAAUCCCUAUAAAGCUUCUUGCUUGUAUUUCUUUUAAUGGUAUAACCAUGUGUGGGAUGCAUAUUAUAUGUCUUGGUUGUAUAUCUUUUAGCCAACAUGGGUUUCCUUUCUCAGUUCUUGGCUUGAAUUUGAGCAGCUAUGAAGGUGAGGUCAUCAGUUAAGAAGAUGUGUGCAUUUUGUCAAAUAGUUAAACGUCGUGGCAGAAUUUAUGUGAUCUGCUCUGGCAAUCCUAAGCACAAGCAACGACAGGGAAUGGCAACCUUUGCAUAUGAAGGACCUGCACCUCGCAUGUUCACUGUGACAAGUUGCAAACCGGAGAACACACUCGCGAGCAACAUUCAAGAUGGUCUGCCUUCUCUUAUAUCCAAGAAUACACCAGCAUCUGCGACACCUUGGUGGAGAGUUGGUCUAGCUUCAACUUUGUUUAAUCUUGCCACUAAGUUGUAGAAGGUUGCAACUUGAUGAUGAUCUAGCCUAGUCAAUAAUGUCAUGUUCAACCCUCAUCGAAGUUGUUUUUCUUUGCAGUAUUAGUGCUAGCUUCUUCUAUAAUGUCGGGCUAUGUUGUUCUCUCUAUAAUCCACAAAAACAGUCCAUAUUGUGGUUUGUGAUCUGCGAGCAACAGUGUUUUUUUCUUGUUCAUGAUAGCAAUUUUGUCAAAAUGGUCAGAGUUUACGGUCAGUGUGUGUUUCCUGAUUCUUUCAUGAAUUGCUCAUGCUCGAACAUUGAAAUCGGAUAAAGGAAAAUAAUGUUCUAAUACUUUUUAUUCUAUAUUAUGGUCACCCAGUCCUAGAAAAUUAAUAACUAAUUCUUUUAUAUUAUUUUAGUUCAAUGUAAUAAACCAUUUUUUAGGAGAAAGGAACCGUAAAAUAUGUAGAAAUUAGUACUGAUUGCGC